CACUGAACAGAGAAGCGUAACAACCCUGUGUGAUCUCUUGUCAUAAAAGUGGUCUACAUCAACAGACUGUACAUUAGUAACAUUAUAUGAUUUCGUUAUUUUCUGAAAAAUAUAUCUUUCUUUUUAUACAUCAGUGUAAAAAGUCUUAAAGAUAUGCUUCCCCCGUCGAAGUUAUUAAGAAUUUUACCGCCAUUUUUAGCUUCUUAGUUUUGUUAGUACUCUCGCAUAACAAUUUAUGUUUUACAGCCUUUUUAAAAAACUUUUCCAAACAUGACUACAAGAAGAAAGCGUCAGUCAAACACGCAGGCAGACCAGUGGGUUGUUAUAGCUGCAGAUUCAGUCAUUGAUGGAAAAAAGAAGCCAAACAGUGAUCCUGUUUUUGUUCAUCUUCGAAAUCCUGCAUCAAAUGUUGGUUCUCUGUACCUCUUUGGGGGUGGCGACCUGCAGCUGUAUGAGGUGAAAGCUUUUAAUGAAGAUUAUCACUCCUGGUUUAUUGGACAAACAGUGCAGCGAGAUGGAAGACUGCUGUAUGUAACACCAAUGGACCCUCUGUACCUUUUGUUGCCUUACCUGUUAAAAGCUGGGAAAGAGGGCAAGUUUCAGCCUGUGGAUCAGAUAGUGGUGGAUGAAGAGUUCCCCGGAUGCAGGAGGGUGCUCAGCUGUGCAAGGGCACUCAAGUCUCUUUGUCAUGUCGCGGAAGAGAGAGAAGUCGGAAGUCAAAAGUUUCAUAGAUACAGCCAGGAGAAGACAAUGGUGUGGUUGAAGAAGAAGGUGGACAGGACUGUGAAAGCCCUGAAAAACAGCAAAAUUUGUGUGGGUGGAGGAGUGAAGUCUUCAACAUUUAUCAGAACUACACAGCAAUCAGAUGUGCAAGAAGAAGACUAUAUCCGUUAUGCUCAUGGUUUGAUAUCAGAGUACAUUCCUGAAGAGCUCUGCAAAGAACUCCUCACCUAUCUACAGCUACCAGAGACUUCAAGCCCAGUCAGUGUGGAGCCACCAAUAAAGAAAAGGAAAUUGUCAGAUAAGCCUGUGGAGGCAGAAGAGGAUUACACCAAGUUCAACAGUGGGGAUCUUGGCAAAAAACCGGCGAAAAAGUUAACUGCUGCACAGAAAACUCUGGCCAAAGUGGACAAAACAGGCAUGAAAAGCCUUUCUGCAUUUUUCAGUCCCAAAGCCAAAACCGAGAAGAAAUGAGCUUUUUGUGUAUUUGUGGUACAAUAAAGUGUUUAAUUUGUUAA